AGGCUGUGGGAAGCGGGCCAAACGGCCUCAGUCCAGCCCACACCGGUCACCGCAACCCCCUCCUCUCCCCGCCGGCGGCGACGGCAGCGACGGCGAGGAAGCCGGGAUGAGCGUGUUCGGCGGCGACAGCUGGGCGCGUGAUGCGCAGCAGCGGAAGCGCCGGCUCGACGACCUGAUGCUACCCGCCCCGGCGUCCUCGUCUCCCUCGACGCCCGAAUCCUUCAGGAGGCUCCCCAACGGCAAGCUCGCCUGCCUUGUCUGCCCCCACCGCCCGGUCCUCGACUCCCCCCUCAUGCUCUCCAUGCAUAAUAAAGGUGCACGGCACAUCGCAGCAGAAUCUAGGCUGAGGGAGAAAGAACUAUCUAAGAAUCACGAAAUUAACAAGAGACUGGCUCUCUCAUCAGAUGCUUCCGAUUCAAAUUCUGCUAAUCCACACUCCUGUAGUAAGCUUGCCAAUAUGAAAGAAAAGCCAUUAAUUGAGCAGACACGGAGGGCAAUCCUGGAAGCACAAUCAAGCAGGUUCCAUGAUUUCAAUGGCAAGAAGGUAUCUCAUGACUUGAAGUGGACGACAAAUACUUCAUCCUCUGAUCCCCAUGUCGCUCCUUCUGAUGUUCCAGUGGAAAAAUAUACUGGAAAUACUAGAUCAAUACAGUGUAACAGCAGUAAAGUAGAAUCUUUUGCUGGAAAUCAGAUUCAAGGCAAGUUACUUUUAGAUCGGCAAACAGAAGCCCGAAAACGCCAGGAGCAAGAACUUCGGUUCACGGCUUCUGGCUGGAAACGAGAUGGCCAUGGAAGAUGGUACAGAGAUGAAAAUGUUGAAUUUGACUCGGAUGAAGAUGAUCCUAACAUCUGUCUGUGCUGAUCAUUUAAGAAGACAUUCUGAAUUGAUCAAUCUAAUGGCUCAACUGGGAAGAUCAAAUUCAUCACAAUGAGGCCUCUCCGAAAAUGGUAGAAUUGGUUGUCAGUCUGUCAAGUUUUCGGGUAAAUGACGAUGACGCAUUAUGUCCCUGUCGAACUGAUAUUUGUUUCAUUAUGAACCAAACCUGUAUAAUGAUACUUGAGAAAAAAGUGUGUAUUUAUGUUGUUACUAAUUACUUGGAGAUCAGAAAUUUUUUUAAGAUGUCCAUGCCUAGACCUGCUAUUGGCACUGUAAAGAUAAGUGAGACAUUUUUGUUUUGGAGCUUAUUUUCAGACUUCCCUUUUUGGCAAGUGGCUUAUGCUUGAUCUUGGUAUUGAUUUGUGUAGUAUGAUGAUACUUUCAGAACAAUUUGCAAGGAAAAGAAUGACAAGGAAGCAAAACAUUUACUGGGCCACCUACUUACAGAACAGAUAGAUUUUUAAAACUGGAUUAAAUGACAAAUGUCAUACCUCUUCAUCUACCAUGCAUGAAUUGCGUGUUACAUAAACAAAACACAGGUAAACAAGUUCUGCAAUAGAUUUCUCUUCCUUACACUCAACAGCCAGCCUAGAUCUCAUCCGCUUUCUUGUCAACACACCCUGGUUCAGAGAAGUCAAUGGACAGCGCACAUGCAUAUCUUCUUUACCUUCCUAAAAUUUAGGAGAAUUACAUAUCUGUCAUUUGUUCCUUGUUUUCUUCUUGCAAGCUUUUGAAGAUAAUGAUAACAAAGGGUUGGAUAAUAGCAGACAGUAGUGCGGGUCUCGUCUAUGUUUAUUUUAGAUUAGCUGGAAGAUAUGACUUCUACGUUCUUGCGAGCCACGUGUUACUCCAGCUUAUUAUGGUUUCCAAACUUGCUGUUAUCUUUCUUUUUAGAACCAUGAUACUUAUUCCUGAUAAUGGAUAAAGAUCCGUGUUUGUGUUUGCUUUUGUAAUAAUAAAGAUGUCUCCCUGUACACUGUAGCCAUACUCCUAGAGUGUCAACCACUAACUUUUGUGUUAUAAAUAUAAAACAUAACUGCAUUUAUAAACACUAACAUCAUUAUAUUUUCCAUUCUAUAAGCGUAAGUUGUUACCUAUUCAGAAGCUGCAGGUGCAUGCGAAGCUAAUAUGAUGAAGAGGUAACAUCAUUAUAUUUUUUAUUUGUAUUUCAGACUAUUUAUUUUGUUUUCUUUUAUCUAUUCUCUCACUUUAGUUCUUUGGAUUUCAUGUCUUGUAAAGUAGCAGUUACAUUAUUGCUUAAUGCCAUAGGCACCUUCCACUUGUGGCAAAUAUCCAAACAAACAUCAUGAUCCUUCGCAAUGAUCCAUGUUGAGAGCUAAUAAAUUGAGAUGGCAUAGGGAUUUUGAUACACAGGCUCCUGGAGAACCACAAUGGUCAAGGUUAGAUGCAAUUACAAAGAACACAUUGGAUGGGAUGUUGUUUCUCUGCAGCAGAGUUUAAGGUUAUUGAGUAAAAUUGUUGUGUCUGAUGUACCUCAAAGUAACAAAGUUGGUGAAAUUUAACUGGAAGGUGUGCUAUACAUAAUUUGUUGGAGAUGUUGCCCUUUUAGUUGUAUGUUGAACAUGUUAGUUUUGAAUACAACUUGAAAUAUUGUAUGCUGAAUACGCAUGGCACUGAUGUCUUCUUCUAAUUACAAGAAAUUGAAAGGAACUGACUACUUUGCUCGAGGAUUAAAUUAAUCAGAUUCGUUGGCUUUCCCCCAUUAAUUUGACCAUGUGGAGGCAGCCUUGUUGCUUCUUCCUUGAGUUAAUCCAGAGUCCUGGAUAUGUCUCUAUAAAAACCUUAAUGGUCUGCUUGCUAGUACUACCCGCACGGCAUUCUGUUCCUUUCCAUAACUCAGAAGUGCACAGCUUGCUUUGUGCCAUCUAAAUCGAAAGAUGGCAAGCACAACUUCUGCAGCAGAAGGUGCACACCCGACCAACCCUGAAAAGGUCAAGCUGGUCACCGUUCUGAGCAUCGACGGUGGCGGUGUUAGAGGAAUCAUACCGGCCGUCAUCAUUGCCUUCCUCGAAGAGAAGCUCCAAGAACUGGAUGGCCCAGAUGCUAGGAUUGCUGAUUACUUCGAUGUUGUUGCCGGCACGAGCACCGGUGGUCUCUUGACGGCGAUGCUCACAGCCCCGGACAAGAAUGGACGGCCACUCUUCAACGCCAAGGAUUUGGCGCAGUUCUACAUCGACCACUCGCCCAAAAUUUUCCCACAGAAGAACUGGAUCCUAUCCAAAAUCUUUAGCAUGUUGAGGAUGGUAAGGGGCCCCAAGUAUGAUGGCAAGUACCUUCAUGCGCUGCUUCGUCAGUACCUUGGCGACUUGAGGUUGGACAAGACGCUAACUAAUGUGAUCAUCCCAACCUACGACAUCUCCAUCCUGCAACCCACGAUUUUCUCAAGCUUUGAGCUGAAGCACCGGCCGUAUAAAAAUGCACUCCUGUCUGACAUCUCAAUCAGCACCUCCGCGGCUCCAACCUUCUUCCCGGCACACUACUUCGAGACAAAAGACGUGAACGGCAGUACCAGGACCUUCAACCUCGUCGAUGGAGGCCUCGCCGCUAACAAUCCCACGCUGUCUGCGAUGGGCCAGGUGUCGAAGGACAUCAUCCUUGGGGACCCCGACUUCUUCCCCGUCAAGCCGGUGGACUACGGCAAGUUCAUGGUGAUCUCCCUCGGCUGCGGGUCGAACAGGAAGCGCAGGUACAGCGCCAAGGCUGCCGCCAAGUGGGGCAUCUUCAACUGGCUCAUCAUGGACGGCACGGCCCCCAUCAUCGACAUGUUCAACUCCGCCAGCGCUGACAUGGUUGACAUCCACCUCUGCGUCCUCUUCAGGGCCCUGCACUCCAGCCACAACUACCUGCGCAUUCAGUACGAUCAGUUGACGGGCAGCGCCGGCUCCAUCGACGACUGCUCCAAGGAGAACCUGGACAAGCUGGUGAAGAUUGGGAAGGACCUUCUCGCCAAGAACGUCUCCCGGGUGGACCUGGAGACCGGACGGAUCGUGGACAUUCCCGGCGAAGGCACCAACGCCGAGAAGCUCGCCAAGUUCGCGAAGCAGCUCUCCGACGAGCGGCGCCGGCGCCAGAACCUUCCGAAGUAGAACUAAAUCAGAUGGCGCAUUUCACUGUGUUUUCAACGUUAUCUAGCUAGCUGCACGCGUUUUCGUGAUUUGUCGGGCAUUUGCAUUCCAUUCCAUUCAUUUCCCCGUGUUGUCGUCACGUACACUUUGAUAUGUAUUGUAAUUUGUUAGUAAGCUAAUAACGGGUUUAUUUUACUUGGAAUAAAAGGCAAUUCUCUUGACGAA